CGAAUGCAUCAUACCCGUCGCCACGGCUUCCUCCGCGCCACCUGCACCGCAUCUGCACCCUCCGUGUGCACGAGGCUUUUGACGCGCCAUGCUCGCCGACUUCUGCCCAGACGCCUCCCCCUGCUCCUAAUCCUUUCCACUUUUGGGUCCCCUCGGGGCGCCAGAUCCGGAUGGACCCGCCGCCGUUGUGGCGUCCGGCGUCGAAGCGCCAGGUCUGGCGGCAGCGGAGUGCUGCCGCUGCCUCGGCGACGGGGGCCGGUGCGGACGUGCUGGCCUGGGAGCGGGGAAGCACCGCGCCGGAGAACGCCCCCGCCGCCGCGUCGUCGUCGAGGCGUAGGAACCGGAGGCGGAGGCGGAGGCGGCGGCGGGAUCGCGCCGCCGAGGCGGAGGAGGCAUCGAGGAGUCCGGAAGCGCCUGGUUCAGGUGUCGUUUCAACUAAAGGAGAUUCUGCCCUGCAAGCAGGUUGUUGUUCGGAAGCAGUGGAAGCACAUUUGAACGUUAAUCUGCCACAGACUACAACCAAGAAGGCAAUGAGCUCAAAUAAAACAAGGAGAAAUGUCCAGGUUGGAAAUAAGGUGAUAAAAGAUUCUGUGGAAGAUGGUGCUGCCAGCUCUUCUCUUGCCCGUGAGAAUUCUGUCAGAGAAAUUGAAGCCUUCAGAAGCAAAUUCUUUAAGAAAUCUGAUGUAAGAUGUCUGCGUAAUAAUUGCACUGCAUCAGGAAAUGCUGAUACUAAUAUGGAUUAUCAGAAUAAAAAUCCAAAAUGUCCAGAGAUGAAGAACACUGAUAUGUCAGAGAACUCGGAAGAAGUAUACCAGAAAAUAAUAUCUCCUGACUGUAGCUCUUUGCAUGAGUCAGAAGAAUAUAAAGGAAAUGUAACUGGAGCUUCUCUCAUCUCCAGCAAUUUAAAGGAAGAAGAGAAGGAAAGAAAGAAAAGAAGAGGCGGGAAAAGGCGUAAUCGUCACAAGAAAACUACCUCACAUGACUCGCCUUUGCCAACUGGCACUGAUAACUCUGGUUUGAUGACAAUGGUUUCUGAGAACAAUACGUCGCGUCUUAAACCCAAGGUAUCCAUGACGAACUCAGUCUCAGUGGAUAAUGCAAAGACAACAGAAGGAGAAAAUGUGACUUUGGAUAGCGCCGUUGAAAAGAGGCGUGAAGUGGGAAGGGAUAAUUUGGACUGCACCAGUACUGAGAGAAUUGAAUUGCAAGAGCAAGACACAGCAUGCUUAUCAAAAUAUCACAAUGUUAACUGCCUGAGUCCUUCCAGUUUGGCUGAGGCAUAUAUGGAAAAACCCAAAAUUGCCUUUUCACUAAGACAAUCCUUUAGAUGGCUUCCAAAGAAAAAGCUUCUUAUCUUAGAUCUUAACGGUUUACUUGCGGAUAUCAACCAGGACUACCACAAUGCUCACAUGGCUGAUGCCAAGGUUCGCGGGAAAUUAGUCUUCCGAAGGCCUUACUGUGAUGAUUUUCUCAACUUUUGUGCCCGGAAUUUCAAGUUAGGUAUAUGGUCCUCAAGAAAAAAAGAAAAUGUUGCUUCGGUUGUUAAUAUCAUUAUGAGAGAGUUCAAAUCGCACCUACUAUUUUGUUGGGACAUGUCUAAAUGCACAUUUACCGGAUACAAAACACUGGAGAACAAUCACAAACCAUUAGUGCUGAAGGAAUUGAGGAAACUGUGGGAUAAGGAAGAGCCUGAUCUCCCAUGGGAAGAGGGGGACUAUUCACCAUCAAAUACAGUACUUGUGGAUGAUUCCCCAUACAAAGCUCUGCGCAAUCCUCCACAUACUGCAAUUUUUCCUCACCCCUACAGUUACCUGAACUGCAAUGAUAAUUCAUUGGGCCCUGGUGGAGAUCUUCGGGUGUAUCUGCAGAACCUAGCCGCUGCAGAUGAUGUUGAGUGUUACGUUCGUAAUAAUCCAUUCGGCCAACCCUUCAUUACCGAGAGUGAUGCACGUUGGAGCUUCUAUGCUCAGAUUGCUGAUAAAGGGAGCUCUCCCUUAACUACUUGUGCUUGAACUUCCCUAUUCCUGGGAGUGCAGUAUUUCUCCAUUGGUCAGGCAUUAGGGCACAAAAUCUUGUGCAAACUGAUCUUUAUGUAGUGCCGGUUUACUUGCAUCCAUGUAUUAAGGAUUACAGAGUUUUGUACAAUCAGUUAAACUGUAGGCUGUAUGGAAGGUAUCAAAUGAAUGAAUGGUGUGACAAUGGCUCAAAACUUCGAACU